AUGGGAGUCCCCAAGAACGCAAAGCAAGAGUCAGAGCUUCCAUGGACGGCGACCAGUGAACCUGUGGGCCGUAAGAACUUCAAAAAUACUCGCCUGGCACUCAUUGGCGCGCUUUUUGCUGGUCUACUCGUGCUUUAUCCUAUUUCCUGCUCUAUACCGAACCACCCGCCUCAUCGUACCGAACAUGCUGUGAACUUGCGGGAUGUAUGCCCCCAAGUUGACCCACUUCAGCCCGCUUCGGACGCUAACCGCAAGCUGGCCGAGGAGCUGGGUGCUGCAUUCAACGACCCGAAAUUUGAAGCUGUUGCUGCCGAAUACCUCGGUGCAGCAGUGAGAAUUCCAACCGAGUCGUAUGACAAGAUGGGUCCGGUUGGGACUGACCCACGGUGGGAUGUCUUUUAUAAGUUCUCAGAACACCUUGAGAAAACCUUCCCCAAAGUGCAUGGGACGUUGAGCCGGACUCGAAUCAACACCCAUGCUCUGCUAUACCACUGGCCGGGCUCUGAUAGCUCUCUCAAGCCCAUUCUUCUCACCGCGCAUCAAGAUGUGGUUCCUGUUGAACCCAACACCGUGGAUUCUUGGAUCCACCCGCCUUACUCCGGUUACUACGAUGGCACAUGGAUCUGGGGCCGUGGCUCUACAGACGAUAAGAGUGGUCUGGUUGGGAUCUUAGUGACGCUUGAGAGGUUGAUUGAGAGUGGAUUCAAACCAAAACGUGGAAUUCUCGUUGGGUUUGGUAUGGACGAAGAGGCUAGUGGACUCCACGGUGCCCAACAUAUUGCUAAAUACAUUGAGGAGCACUAUGGUGAAAAUAGUGUCUCUGUCCUCGUUGACGAAGGAGGUGGAAUCAUGACAAUUGGAGACACCUCGGUCGCUGGGCCUGCAGUUUCAGAGAAAGGAUACUUGGACGUACGACUAGAGGUUGCUACUCCUGGUGGUCACUCUAGCGCGCCGCCAGAACAUACGUCCAUUGGCAUUCUUGCGUCUCUGUUGGUUCAAAUCGAGUCUACACCAUACACUCCAGGCCUUCCUCGGUCCUCUCCUAUCUAUAGCUUCCUUCAAUGCUUCGCUGCCCAUGUCCCAUCGCUACCCACCUCCUUCCGGGACUCUAUCCUGGAUUCGAUCUGCCCAACAGACGCUUCUGCACACCAGCGCCGAAGGUGUGACAAGGCGUUGCAAGAUGUUGAGCAUUCUCUCUUUGAUGCGUCUUCAGACUGGAACAACGGAGAUGAAUUUGCGGCUCGCACGUACCGAAGCUUGCUACGUACCACUCAAGCGGUAGACAUGAUCAACGGUGGUGUCAAGGCGAAUGCUCUUCCCGAGUUAGCGAGCGCGGUUGUCAAUCAUCGAAUCCGGACUGAUAGCUCUGUAUCGGAACUCAAAGACACCAUCACAUCCAAGCUCGUCCCUCUUGCAGAAAAGUUUAACCUUACUUUAACAUCUUUCUCUCGCACAAAUGUUACCACUGGCAAAAUUGGCACACUUACUCUUUCAGACGCAUGGGGAACUGCUCUCGACCCCGCCCCUAUUACACCCACCGAGGGAGACGAAGCCGCCGCAUACAAACUACUCAGUGGUGUCAUCAGGCAUACCAGAGCGGACAAGAAGACGGUUGUUAGCCCAGCAAUCAUGGGUGGGAAUACAGACACUCGCUACUACUGGAAAGUAACCCCCAAUAUCUUCCGCUACUCCCACAUGUCCGAUCAAGAUAUCUAUAAUGGCGCGCAUACAAUCAACGAAGCAACACGCGCGUCCGGGUUUGUGGAGACAAUCCAGUUCUUCAAGAAUUUUAUCCUAACGGCCGACGACUCGACCGAUCUUUGA